UCAGGAAACAUUUAUUACCUUACUUUAAAUAAUAAGUCUGUCUUUUGUUUGUUUUAUCAACUCUGCUGCGGCGAAAAUUCGCUUCUAGCUGAGGAGAAAACAGUAGGGCAAGACUUAAGAAUUGCUUUUCUCCUUCAUGAUCGCUUAGAAGCUGCUUUUCCGGCACAAGUGAGAGCAGUGGACAUGAUAUAUGCAUGGUUGGCUUCAAUUUGGUGGCUUUGUGCUGAAAACCCAAGCAUUUAAGAGGAAUCGCUGUUAGUAAUAUUAGCAGCUUUGGGAUUGGUGAGGCUUCUGUUCCUCUCUGUCAAGAACUUCUGAUAUUCCUCUUCGAAAAUCUCCAGAAUAAGAGGCUAUUUGUAACCAAAGAUGUCUGCCAAUGACACCACGAGUAACGUGUCGAAUGCUUGUGGUUUACCUGAACACUCGUCAACUGACAUAACAUGGAAAACAUUUGCCUAUUGUUUCAUUGCAUUCGGUUCUCUGUGCGGAAACUCCGUUGUUAUUUUUGUCAUUUUCAAGAACCGCAACAUGCGAUCGACCAUAAAUUACUUCAUAGUAAACAUGUCAGCAUCUGAUAUCCUUUUCGCCAUUUUUGUGAUUCCUCGCCUCAUAUUACAGCUAGAUAUGCCUGACAGAUGGCUCAUCGGCGGGAUGGUGGGCUCAAUGCUCUGCAAGAUCGACCACUUCAUUCAAGAUGUGUCGACAGCCGUAUCCAUUCUCAGCUUGGUAGCCAUCGCUGUUGACCGAUUUUAUGGCGUGGUGUUCCCAAUGAAAGCCGGUCUCAUGAGUGGAAAACGAGUUCGAAGGCUUUCCUUAGCAGCAACUUGGUGUUUGGGAGCAUUGCUCCACCUACCCUACUUUUACGCUUACAAACUCGUCGACGAUAAGUUUUGCAGGUACAAUUGGUAUCCACUCACUGAUCAUGCUAAAGCGUCUAAGUUCUACUUUUUAUUUCUAUCAACCAUAUUAUUCUUCUUUCCUGCGGCCAUUUUGAUAAUUGUAUACAGUAUAAUUAUCAACACACUACGACGGCAAAAGUUCCCAGGCAACCAGUCUCUCAAAGACAAGAAAAGGGUCGCUAGACGUAACCGCAGCGUUUUAAAGAUGGUUGUGGUAGUUGUAGUCGUCUUCAUCUGUUGCUGGCUGCCUGUCAACGUAUCAGUUUACAUCCUUAUCUUUCACUGGGGUCCCAACAAUGCUCCUUGCUAUGAACGCUUAUUAUUUUUUUGGGUUAUUUUUAUCGCUUAUUCAAAUGGCUGCAUAAGUCCCUUCCUGUAUUUUAUUUUCAAUCAAAAUUUUCGUCAAGGCUUGAAAAAAGCCUUUCUAGGGCAAAAUAAUCGUGAUUCUGUUCGAAGAAAUCAGCGUUCCUCUCACCGUAAAACGGAUGAUAUAAGCCUAACAGCUUCGCAAAGGCAGAAGAAAUAUUAAACCCUUCUUUCAGCAACUAAACUUAAAUCAUAAGCACGUUAUGGAGCAUUUUUCCAGUAACAGAAUGCCAACAUAGAUCAUUAUAGAAAGGUAAAAAUGACGAAAAGAAAGCAAUUACCUUUAUCCAUGGUUUAUAAAUAUGCUUUGCCCCCAGUUAAGGCUUUAGCGGCUUUUAAAAAGAA